AGACACAUAAAGAACCAGACUCCGAUUCUCUUAUUCUCUUCCACAACCUCCCCCCCCUCCCCUACACACAUACUGAGGAAAAAGAGAAAAGAUUCAAAAAAAGAAAGAAAGGAAUCUGUGCAUGUUACGUAGUAAAUCUUUAAAGUGCAAUCUGAUCUUACGUGAACGCUGCCACCACGAUUUUGUUCCUUCUUUUCACAUUCUCUGCCGAUUGAUUGUCACUGUGGGAUUAAUCACCCUGGAUCCCAUGGAGCUUCUCCGCCUUGGACUCGACGGUCAACUCACCGUUGACCCUGCUGAUAUGGAGGUCGCUUCUCUUGACUUCGGAAUGUUAGGGAAAAUUGAGCCGCUGGCGGUUCUUCAUCCGAGUUCGGCCCAGGACGUGGCCCGGGUUGUCAAGGCGGCUUAUGGGUCUGCCCAUGGAUUCACGGUCUCGGCCCGGGGACACGGGCAUUCGAUAAACGGGCAGGCGCAGACGGGAAAAGGGGUGGUCGUGCAGAUGAGCGGGUCAAGGGCGGUGCCACCAAGGGUUGUGGUGGGAGAAAGGUACGUGGACGUGUGGGGAGGAGAGCUGUGGAUAGACGUACUGAAAAGUACGCUAGAACAUGGGCUUGCACCCAAGUCGUGGACGGAUUACUUGUACCUCUCCGUCGGCGGUACCUUGUCUAAUGCCGGUAUCAGUGGGCAGGCUUUCAACCACGGUCCCCAGAUUAACAAUGUCCAUGAACUCGACGUGGUUACAGGAAAAGGUGAGCUUUUGACAUGUUCAGAAGAGAAAAAUUCAGAGCUAUUUUAUGCGGUUCUUGGUGGUCUAGGGCAAUUUGGAAUUAUCACCAGAGCAAGAAUUGCUCUUGAGCCGGCUCCUCAAAGGGUGAGGUGGAUUAGGGUACUGUACUCCAAUUUUAUGGCUUUUACCGGAGAUCAAGAAUAUCUCAUCUCCCUGCAUGACCGUCCGGCAUCCCAGAAAUUCGAUUAUGUCGAGGGUUUUGUCAUCGUAGAUGAAGGCCUCAUUAACAACUGGAGAUCUUCCUUCUUCUCGCCUCGAAACCCUGUCAAGAUCUCCUCUCUUGGUUCUAAUGGAAGUAUCUUGUAUUGCCUGGAAAUCACCAAGAACUACGAUGAAUCUACUGCUGAUACUGUCGAUCAGAGAUUGAAUUUUAUUCCGGCAUCAGUUUUCAUCACCGACCUUCCCUACUUGGAUUUCCUUGACCGGGUCCACAAGGCGGAGUUGAAGCUACGAACCAAGGGUUUGUGGGAGGUACCACACCCAUGGCUCAACCUUUUUGUCCCCAAAUCAAGGAUAGGCGACUUUGAUAAGGGCGUGUUUAAGGGCAUCUUGGGCAAUAAAACGAGUGGGCCCAUUCUAGUCUACCCCAUGAACAAAAACAAGUGGGACCGGCGGAGCUCAGCGGUAACACCAGAGGAGGAUGUUUUUUACCUGGUGGCCCUACUUAGAUCGGCACUGGAUGAUAGGGAGGAGAUACAUAGCUUGGAGUACCUAAAGAAACAGAACCGAGAGAUCCUCAGAUUCUGUAACGACGCUGGGAUCAGGGUGAAGCAGUAUCUGCCUCAUUACACCUCACAGGAGGAAUGGAUGGAGCACUUUGGGGAUGGAUGGGAUCGAUUUUAUCAGAGGAAAAUGGAGUUUGAUCCCAGGAAGAUUCUAGCCACAGGGCAACAAAUAUUCAGACCGAACUACUUAACCUCAUCUACCAUGGCUUCAUGAUGAUGACUAUAGAUGAGACCAAUCAAAAGCUAGAGAAGGACUGCCAUUCAGUACCACUGACUUCUUGUUCUUGCACAUAUAAUGGGAUAAAAAGGGACAAGCAAGGAACCAAGGACUAAGGAAAAGAUAGAAAGAUCGUUUUUUUAUUUUGAAACAAAAUUCAAAUCAGAAGAUGGCGAAUUGGAGAAGGGAUUGUUUUUACCAUGUCCUGGAGGUCUGGUACGGCUAAGGGGUUGCAGGGUCCCAUCAUCUUGCAGUGCACAUGUGGUGUUAUAAGCAUUGAGGAGCCUGUGAUCGCGACCCACCUUUCUCCAACUGGUUUGCCGGCUGGAUCUUGUCUUUGGAAGGGACAGCUCCAGCUAUGUCCAGCAUGGAUUGGCGUUUAACUCUUUCACCCUUUCUAGAAUCAGUAAUUAGCUACAUUUGUAAAUAAGGAAAUAAAGUAGUAAGCAAAAUAGGAGGGGAAGAGCUAUUAGCAUCUUCAUUUUCGUACAUCAGUCCCCUUGCUUGCAGCUGUAUGAUUCACUUAGUUGUCCAGACUGUCGUUUAGAACUGGGUAACAGAGAGUAAAUAGGACAUGACUGCAACAUCAUAUCAGGACAAAGGUUAACACAAAGCUAGAAAGCAAUGACAUGAAAUACAUAGCAACAUGUUCUAAAUCAUAGUAGUACAUGAUAGCAACAGGCAUUCAAACCUAAAAAAAGUCACACAAACCAACAUUAUUAUAGCUGGAACUACAAAACACCAAAUAAAAACAAUUUGAAUACCAUCUACUUUAUAUCAGAAACCGUUUGAGAAGUUCAACUUAUCUUGAAAUAUAAAGGGAAGCUGAUUAUUAUUGAAAAAAAGAAGGAAAUAGAACUUGAAGCCACAUAAAUGCAACUUAAAAUAACUCACUUCUGCCAGCAUUACUAGGGAGAGCAAGAGUUCAAAGGAGUUGUAACUAUUGAUUCACUCAGUAGAUCCAUCUGUCAAG